AUAUACUCUGUGCGAAUUCGGAGUUUCAGUUUCUCAAUCUUUUUGAUUCUUACGUGACUGAGAAUAGUGAAUUUUAGAUUAUAUUUAAGGAAGUAUUGAUAUAUUCUACUAUAACAACUUAUAGUUAUAAAUUACACAUAAUACAGAAUGGCUGGACAGCUUUUCAAUCGCAUCGGCCAACUUGGCUUGGGAGUUGCUCUGGUCGGAGGAGUCGUAAAUUCAGCUUUAUAUAAUGUCGAUGGUGGCCACAGAGCAGUUAUUUUCGACAGGUUUCAAGGUGUCAAAAACUUGGUAGUCGGUGAAGGUACUCACUUCUUCAUACCCUGGAUUCAGAGACCAAUAACCUUUGACAUAAGAUCGAGACCUCGUAAUGUUCCCACAGUUACAGGAAGCAAAGAUCUUCAAAAUGUAAACAUCACCCUGCGUAUCCUGUUCAGACCAGUUCCUGACCAGCUGCCUAAGAUCUAUACUAUUCUUGGUGUUGACUAUGAUGAGAGGGUGCUCCCAUCCAUUACAGCUGAAGUCCUAAAGGCUGUGGUGGCGCAGUUUGAUGCAGGAGAAUUGAUUACACAGAGAGAGAUUGUUUCACAAAAAGUAAGCGAGAGCUUAACAGAAAGAGCAUCCCAGUUUGGUUUAAUUUUGGAUGACAUUUCCAUUACACAUUUAACAUUCGGCAAGGAAUUCACGCAGGCCGUUGAAUUAAAGCAAGUAGCGCAACAAGAAGCUGAGAAGGCUAGGUUCCUCGUAGAAAAGGCGGAACAACAAAAGAAGGCAGCCAUUAUUACCGCGGAGGGUGACGCCCAAGCCGCUGUGUUAUUGGCCAAGUCAUUCGGCACUGCCGGUGAAGGUCUCGUAGAGCUUCGACGUAUCGAAGCCGCCGAAGACAUCGCCUACCAACUAUCCAAAUCCCGUAAUGUUACUUAUUUACCUCAAGGCCAGAAUGUCCUGCUUAACCUUCCAACACAAAACUAAAUGUGUUCAUAACUUUAAUUCAUUACUGGUGUACAAUAAGAUGUGAUUGGCACUGUGCAAUUGCAUUUGUAAUUACUUUAAUGAUAAGAAAACUGCAUUUGGAGAUGUUAUGGUUACAACAAUAGACUGUAGUAUGUAUUAGCUUUAUAAAAAUUAUAAUUAUGCAAUAAACUAUUCUUUGUUGA